CCUGUCUUGUUCCGCAACCACAACUACUCUGCGGUGGUCAAGAUAAUUAGCGUUCAUGCAUUAAAGGAGACAAACAAGAAGUGGCGAGAGGCACACAAGAUCGUCGUUCGUGGCAUAACGCGCAGUGAUUGCAACGGGGUAUACAGACGCAUCCAUGGGCGCCCUUGUUUGCACGAUUUGAUUGCUAUCAUAGAGUCUGCUGGAGCGCUGAAGCUGAUGCCAGAGCACUUCGACAAGCACUGGUGGCUGCCGGGGACAGCCUCGGCUCGAGCCUCCCGAGUAGUUGGGCCUGCGCCACGAGAGAAACGUCAACGAGUGGAAGAGCAUCCUCGUCCGCACCAAGCUGGGCACGGAAUUGACAGCACGCGAGAACCAUCGCGGUUCGAGCUGGUCGAGAAAAGUCUCGACACUUCUCGUGUGGGAAUGGCUCCGCUGACAAUGUCUUAUCAGGAAUUACUUCACCAAGACGACGAGGAGUUUCAACAAGAGUUCCUGCGCCCACGCUCAUGGGGGCAUGCUGGGCUG